GAUGAGAAAAGCUGUCGCUAGUCAUCAAAGGGAGAAGAGUGACUUGGAAACGGCUCUGGAUGUCUUGAAAUCUGAGCUGGCCAAGAAGUCCGUCUCUUUGCCAAAUCGCUUUGGGUCUACGAACGGGGAAGCUGGGCUGCAAGAGCCCUUGGACGUCAAAUCCAAGCGAGAGAUUGAUAUCACCCAGCCCAUCCCCGCGCUGUUGAACGAGUACGACAAGGCUUCACAGGGAACAAAGGAGGAAAAAGGUGAUUUGGGUCUCGGCUUUGAGAGCGUCCACAAUGCUGGCCAGUCAAGGCUUGUUAUAGUUGCAGGUCCGGCCUCACUUACAACUCCUAGAAAAUUUGAGGUUGGAGCAGGGACUUCAAGAAAUACGAGAAAAACCGAAUAACGCGAAUGCACCAACCCACAGAGCACAAGCUGAGAACAAGCACGCACUGAAGCAGCUUAGCACUUUCCGGGAGAGUAUCGAUGCGCAAAAGGGGGGUAUAGAACGGCUACAAAGCUCCUUGGACGAUAUCAAAAGGAAACAUGAAAGUGAUGUCGCUCAGAUGAGAGAAAUUGUCGCCAGCCUUGAGAGGGAGAAGAAUGAUUUGCAAACCGCCCUGGAUAAUUUGAAAUCUGAUUCAGCACAG